AUGGUGCCCGCUGGCUAUUCCUCCGGCAUCGAGGUCGCCGGCGACAGCCUGCAAAGAGCCAUCCCUUCUCCAGCCGUCCCAGAAACAACUGUUACUGAUCAUAAUGGUGUAAGAGAAGAAAUGGCAAGUGCUGCAGAUGGCUCCGUAGUUGGAAACCCUACGCAGCUUCUAGAUGCCGAAACCCUAAUCCUGUCGGAAAAUUUAAAUAACCAAAACCUCUCCUCCGAUGACGGUAGUUCUUCAGGCGAACGAAAUUUUCAGUCGUCAUGGUCAUCAGCUAUUGUGGUUGGCAACAAUCAAGAUCUAAUGACUCAAGUUUUACUGUUUUUGCCGGCGAAAUCCCUAAUGCGAUUCCAAUGCGUGUCCAAAGAUUGGCUCUCUAUCAUCUCAAGCUCGAAUUUCCGCCUCCUCCAUUCUCGGAAGAACCCUGGUGCCGAAGUUGGGCUGUUGAUGCUGCGUAAAAUACAGGGGAAAUCCAAGCUCUAUCAUGUUCCUCUUUGCAAAGAGGAGUUAAAUUCAGUAGGUAUGAUCAGUUCUCGUUUCUCUAAUUUGUUUGACGUCGAAGGAGAAAUUGUGGGGAUGCAUAGCAGUAAGGGGUUAUUUUGUAUUGAUUUCUUGCCUGCGAAUGAAAGUAGGAGAUUUUAUGUCUUUAAUCCUACCACGAACCAGUGUAGGCGCAUUCCUUUAGUUGAUACUAUGGACUGGUCUAAGUUUGAAAUUGUGGCGGUUAAUAUUUGUUUUGAUCCUCUAGAAUCUGAAUAUUAUAGCCUGGUCUGUGUUUGGGAGAAAAAGCCAGGUGUGGAAGGGAGACAGAAAUUCCGGUACACUGUCUAUUCAUCGGAAAAUGGCGUCUGGAAAAACUGUGAGAGAUCUAAUGCUCCCGGUUGGCGGUAUUCUUUCCAUGAUGGCGUGUUUUGGAAUGGUAUUCAAUUUUGGUGCAAUGAAAUGGAUGUACUGUAUUAUGAUUUCAAGCAUGAUUAUGGUCAACAAGUGUGGGAUGAUGGUCAUGAGGAAACUGGGCCUGGUUAUGUUCUGUAUUUUGGUGAGUCUGGGGGUAAUAUAUGGCUUAUUUACUCAACUGGCUAUGAGUUGGAAAUCUCACAAUUGGAGGUGGAUAUUUAUCCCAAUGCGAGUCACUUUGCACAAUGGUUGCCAAAGUAUCACAUUGAUCUUGGUUUUUUGUGUGCAUUUGGUCCACUGUUGGUGAAGCCUCCAAAUCCUCCAAAGUGUAUAUUCGAUGUGGAUUUUGGCUUUCGUAUGCUUGGGAAAUUUGGAUUUCGUGUACGUAGUUUUGUUGUUGAUGAAAGAGGGCAGAACCCAAGGCUAGUUAUAUCAGUGCCUGGUAAAAUCAUUUGCUACGAUAUCAAGGGUAAGACUGUUGAAGAGCUAGUUCAAAUUGAACCUGCUGAUCUUAAUAUGUUUGAACUCAAUCUGACAAGUUUCACGUUCAAUGGAGCCAACAAACUCGUUGAGACACUUGCCUGUGUUUAG